AUGAUAACCCUCCAUGCAAGGCAAGGUCGAGUCUCGAUAGUAAUCCUGCAAGACGAGUCUAAUAAAGUGUCGCAAUUGAUUGCGCAGUUGGCUGAGAUUCUUGUAGAAACGAAGCAGGCCAGCUUCGAACAAGUGGAGCUUCUCAGGAUUGCGUUGCAGAAAAAAGACGGCACGUGGUUCGAGAUCACAGAGGCCAAGGCUUCAACGCUGGGAGAAUUAGGUGUUGAUGAUAACACGAACGUUGGCUACGCGCUAGGGGAUGAUGAUUUCGGGUUUGAAGAAGUAGAUCCUGAUUUGACCGAAUGA